GUCUCGUUUGCUCGUGGAAUCCAACGCGACAGUUUCGAAGGGGGUGACCUCAAAGACGGACGUCUUCAAGUCUCUGCAUGCUGCAAACAUCUCACCGCUUACGAUUUGGAUCACUGGAAAGGAGUCGAUCGCUUUACGUUUGAUGCUCAUGUUACAAAGCAGGAUAUGGCAGAUACAUAUCAGCCACCUUUCAAGAGUUGUGUGGAACAAGGGCGAGCGAGCGGGAUUAUGUGUGCUUAUAAUCUUGUAAACGGUGUUCCUAAUUGUGCCGAUUACGAUCUAUUAACGAAAACCGCUCGUGGCGAAUGGGGAUUCCAAGGAUAUAUCACUUCGGAUUGUGACGCAGUCUCGCUUCUAUAUGAGAAGCAAAAAUAUUCGAAAUCGCAUGAAGACGCCGUGGCAGAUGUGCUUAAAGCCGGCAUGGAUGUUAAUUGCGGCGACUAUUUGGCGAAUCACACAAAAUCAGCAGUCGAAAAGGGGAAAGUGUCGGAAUCUGAUAUAGACAGAGCCCUUUACAACCUCUUCUCUGUUAGAAUGAGAUUAGGACUUUUCAGCGGCAAUCCUAGACAACUUCCGUACGGCGAUCUUAGCCGUAAAGACAUAUGUACCCCCGAGCAUCAAGAUUUGGCACUCGAAGUUGCUCGUGAUGGCAUUGUCCUUUUAAAGAACUCUGCAAACCUACUUCCACUAUCUAAGUCCCAAACGAAAUCUCUUGCGGUAAUAGGCCCUAAUGCCAACGUCUCGAAAACACUCGUAGGAAACUACGCGGGGCCACCUUGCAAAACCCUUACUCCGCUACAAGGACUAACGGAUUAUAUCGAGAAAAUAAAAUUCCAUGAGGGUUGUGAAAACAUCAAUUGCACGUUAAAUGCCAAAAGCAAAGCUGUGAAAAUUGCGAAAUCGGCAGAUUACGUCGUUUUAGUAAUGGGACUCAAUCAAGAGGAAGAGAGUGAAGAUCGUGACAGAGAAGAAUUGGUACUUCCGGGCGAGCAACAAAGUUUUAUCACGAGCGUUUCCGAGGCUGCUAAAAAGCCCGUUGUGUUAUUAUUGCUCUGUGGAGGUCCACUUGAUAUUUCAUUCGCGAAAAAUAAUCCCAAGAUUGGAAGUAUUCUUUGGGCCGGAUAUCCCGGUGAAGCCGGGGGGAAAGCAAUUGCAGAGAUCAUAUUUGGCGACCACAAUCCAGGAGGAAGGCUUCCAUUGACUUGGUAUCCAAGGGAUUUCAUCAAAGUACCAAUGACUGAUAUGAGAAUGAGGCCCGAUCCUUCGUCUGGAUAUCCAGGACGUACUUACAGAUUUUACCAAGGCGAGAAAGUUUAUGAAUUUGGCUAUGGUCUCAGCUACUCAAAAUAUUCUUACAAGUUUGUUUCUGUCGGUCAAAGUAAGCUCGAUUUCAAGAACUAUAUUUUAGUUUCGGAUGUUGGUUCGAAAUCAUGUGAAAAUGCGAAGUUUUCAGCUAUUGUUAGUGUUGAGAAUGAAGGGAGUAUGGCCGGUAAGCACUCGGUUCUGAUAUUCGUAAGGCACGAUGAAGCUGGUAACGGGAGUCGUCCCAUGAAACAGUUGGUCGGGUUUCAGACGGUGAGAUUGAAUGCAAAGGAGAAGACUAAUGUCAAAUUUGAAAUAAAUCCAUGUCAGCACUUUGCAAGAGCUAGUGAAGAUGGAACAAUGGUGAUUGGAUCUGGAGUUCAAUAUUUGGUUGUUGGAGAUCAAGAGUAUCCUAUCAGCACUUGA